CCUUCCGCUUCUUUGAACAAAACAAUUAUACCCGUCCGACUUCAAGACUUCUCUCUCUCUCUCUAAAAAUAUAAACGACUCUGCUUCACUUUUUGCGUUCUUUCCAAGUCCAUAUAGCCUGCCAUCUUUCUGAAUAACUUAAUAAAUUCACAACUUCUUUUUUUCUUCCCUUGAAUUUUAGAGCUUAGCGCAAGAAGAAAAAUUAGAUGACGUCGAUGAAGAGCUUAAUUGGUUUGGUAAAUAGAAUUCAGAUGGCAUGUACUGCUCUUGGUGAUUAUGGCGGUGCCAAUAACUCCUCUUCUCUUUGGGAUGAACUUCCCUCUGUUGCCGUCGUCGGUGGUCAGAGUUCAGGAAAGUCAUCUGUUUUGGAAAGUAUAGUUGGCCGAGAUUUUCUUCCACGAGGAUCAGGGAUUGUUACAAGGAGACCCUUAGUAUUGCAGCUUCAUAAAACGGAUGAAGGGCAGCAAGAAUAUGCAGAAUUCGGUCACCUCCCGAGAAGACGCUUUACAGAUUUCUCGCUUGUACGGAAGGAGAUUCAGGAUGAAACUGACAGAAUAACAGGGAAAACAAAGCAGAUUUCUCCUGUUCCUAUCCACUUGAGCAUAUACUCUCCAAAUGUGGUCAAUUUAACACUGAUCGAUUUACCUGGCUUGACCAAAGUUGCUGUUGAGGAGCAGCCUGAGAGUGUCGUCAAAGACAUUGAAGACAUGGUUCGAUCUUUUGUUGAGAAGCCCAACUGCAUCAUUCUAGCAAUUUCUCCUGCGAAUCAGGAUAUUGCUACUUCAGAUGCUAUAAAACUUUCAAGGGAAGUAGAUCCCACAGGUGAACGGACAUUUGGCGUGUUGACUAAGCUUGAUUUAAUGGAUAAAGGAACUAAUGCUUUAGAUGUUCUUGAAGGAAGGGCUUACCGUUUGCAACUUCCUUGGGUUGGAAUUGUUAAUCGUUCACAAGCUGAUAUAAAUAAAAGUGUGGACAUGAACUAUGCAAGAAGUAAGGAGCGUGAAUAUUUUGCAAGCAGUCCUGACUAUGGGCAUCUGGCUAGCAAGAUGGGUUCAGAAUAUCUUGCAAAACUUCUGUCAAAGCAUUUGGAGUCUGUAAUUAGAGCUAAAAUACCAGGGAUCAUAACAGUUAUCAAUAAAAGCAUAGAUGAACUUGAAUCUGAGAUGGACCAUCUUGGGAGGCCUAUUUCUGUUGAUGCUGGGGCACAAUUGUAUACUAUCUUGGAACUUUGCCGUGCUUUUGACAAGAUAUUUAAGGAGCAUCUGGAUGGAGGACGUCCGGGAGGUGAUCGAAUUUAUGGAGUUUUCGACAAUCAACUUCCUGCUGCUUUAAGAAAACUCCCAUUUGACCGGCACCUUUCGAUACAAAAUGUGAGAAAAAUUGUUUCUGAAGCAGAUGGCUAUCAGCCUCACUUGAUUGCACCUGAGCAAGGUUAUAGACGGCUUAUUGAGGGAGCACUAAAUUAUUUUAGAGGGCCAGCUGAAGCCUCUGUAGAUGCUGUUCACUUUGUCUUAAAGGAACUUGUGAGGAAAUCUGUCGGAGAAUGUCAGGAGUUGAAGCGGUUUCCCAGUCUGCAAUCUGCAAUAGCUGCAGCCUCAUAUGAAGCCUUGGAAAAGUAUCGUGCAGAAGGUAGAAAGACAGUUUUAAGACUGGUAGACAUGGAAGCUUCCUACUUGACAGUGGAGUUCUUCAGAAAACUUCCUCAAGAAGUGGAGAAAGGGGGAAAUCCAGCAGCUGCACCUGCUGUAGACAGGUAUGUCGAGGGUCACUUUAGGAGGAUUGGGUCGAACGUAUCAUCUUACGUAAAUAUGGUGACUGAUACACUGAGGAACACUAUUCCCAAAGCAGUGGUUUAUUGCCAAGUUAAGGAAGCCAAACAAUCUUUGCUGAAUUACUUCUACACUCAAAUUGGGAAGAAAGAGGGUAAGGACCUGGCAGAACUAUUAGAUGAAGACCCGGCUUUGAUAGGCAAAAGAGAGCAAUGUGCCAAGAGGCUUGAACUAUACAAGAAAGCAAGAGAUGAAAUUGAAUCUGUAUCGUUGGUUUGAUGAGAUUUGGCAGAGGAGACAUUAAUUCUGUAUGAGUGAAUUCUGUGUCAUUAUUUGAUAGAAUAUAUUCUUCGACUUUAUAGCCUUGGACUCUUGCAUUCCUUCA